ACUCCUAAACUGUUGAGGCAGUGUGAACAGGGUGACAAGAGUGUAACUUUUGAGUUACCAUGCCCUACAGACUACAAUGUCAUCGUUACUACAGGUAUCUGUGUGCGCGUACAAGAUUGUGAUGAUUUUGAUCCAUCCUUGGCGUCAUCUUGUUAUGUGGACAAGUCUGGAUCCUGGAGUUUCCUUUGUUCUUUCAUUAGACCUUGCUUAAUGACCUGUACGGGGUGGUCAGGCUGCUCCGGCGAUCAAUCAUAUGUUUAUGCGGAAUAUCACUGUGAAUGGGCUGGAGACGGCGACCCCCCGGCUGGAGUAGAGACUACUCUUGAGACGACUAAAGGGCUGACAGUUACAACACCAGUAAAUAUCCAUCCACAGACCAGUCCCCUGACCACAGAGGUAUUAUCUACUGAGGCUACCACUCCAGCUGUACCAACAACUAAUGCGCAGAGAACUACUGGAUCCACCACGCCAGAAAUCACUACUACCUUUACUACAGCACAACGACCGUCAACGCAACCCACAAUGACAUCAGAAUCGACGUCAGAAUCGGUGAACCAAUCACAGCCCUCGAUGCAAGACACGACAACUAUCACCUCUCCCACUACAAAUGGGACACAAAGUCCGGUUGUACCCAACGUUACCCAAAAACCUCUUGAGGAGAUUCUUACAGCUUGCUUUGAUAACGCCACCGAGGGGGAAUCUAGCGCGAAACCUUACCGACCACUGUCAUUCUCAACCCCUAGUGACACGGAAACAGAUCGACUGACUGUAAGCUUCUACUCGCCAUUUCUACAGACCAAACCAGUCAAGGUGGCCAUCGAGGCUUUCCAAGAACCUAAACCGGGCUGUGACACAAGUCCUGCAUCGAGCACUUCAACGACCCCGUCAUCGCCCGACGAUAAAGCCUCCGGAUCGUCGCUGUCGUUGAACUCCGUGGUCAACGUAACUGUGUACUGCUACAACGGCGCUCCCUUACGCCUACGAGAAGGGGAAUACGUGGAUGUGGUCUUUCCCGCCAAAAUUGAUUUUGAAAAUGAAGUUCCAGUCUGCACUUCAAUGAAACAAGACGAACAUGGUUGGGAAUGGACAUCAGAGGGUUGCAAGGCUGUUUAUUCUAACUAUACCCACGUGACCUGUAGAUGUGACCAUCUAUCCGCUAUUGCGCUCCAACGCGGCCCAAAGGGAUUCAAGGUGGAUGGGAUCAAUGCUUUCCUUCUUUCUAUUCUUGAGAAGAUUUUAGGAUUCAUUUCGAUCAUCUCUAUCUUUGUCAUGCUCGUUGUCUAUGCGACACUGGGUGUAAAAGGGUCUCAACUCACCAAGAUUCAAUUAAAUAUAGCUGUCAGUUCACUUGCUGGACACGUCUUGUUUCUUUUCGGAAUGAAAGCUACAGGAAACCUGUUCGUUUGUGCGAUCAUAGCUGCCUGUCUUCAGUAUCUUUACACUGUCUACGCCCUGUGGUUGGUGGUCCAGACCGCUGUACUCUUCAAUACAUGUUACCUACACGGUAAGCCCCGAGAUUCGAACAUCGCCCAACCAGUCCAGGUGAAAGUACCGGAGAAGGGCAUUACGGAACCUAUCCGAUUGACCAGGAUAUUUCUCCUUGUGUGGGGUGGGUCAUUGCUAUUGGUUGGUCUCCUGUACAAGGAAAUUCCAUAUGGAUUUGGAACCCCAGAAAGUUGCUGGCUAGUCGAGACUGUUCAUGUGUACAUCAUCUUCAUCUCCCUGAUCACAGUAGCGCUAGUGAUCAACUUCGUGCUCGCCAUUUUGACCGUGGUGUAUCUAAUCAAGAUUGAUGAUAAGCCUACUGAGCACAUUGAUGGCUACGCAGAAUGGACUGAGAAACUCAGGAACAGAGUCAGUCUUUGUCUGUCAUCAUCACUCGUCCUCUCAUUCGUUCUCGUGAUGGCCUGGUCUUCGCAUGCCCUGCUCGUCUUCAAGUCCAUCAUCGCUUUCGAUUACCUCUUCAUCAUGUUUAACAUGAUUCAGGGUUUUCUGAUUUUUGUAUUCUACUGCCCAGUGAAUCCAGAGGUUCGUGCUGCUAUCUUCGGAACCAAAAGCUCAGAUGAAGAAGAAAAGAAAGAGAGCGACGAUGAACGAAAGAACUGA